AUUUCUCUUUCUCUCUCAUUGUGUUUCUCACAGUUGCUUUCUCUUUCUCUCUCUUAAAUUCUCUCCAUUUUCUCUCUCCUCCGUCGUCGCCGCCGACGUUUCCGGCGGCGAUCCUCUAUCUCCGGCGUACUCCGCCUCUUUUUUACCCUUCCCUCUCCUCUCUUUAUCUCUCACUUAAAAAUCCCAAAAAAAAAAACGUUUCACUGAAUUUUACAAAAAAAAAAGGAAUUUAAAGGUUUUAUUUUUUAUAUAUUAAUAUCAGUGUUUUAUUUGUUCCCGAAUAAUCAGAGGAGAGGGAAGUGGGUUUAUACUAAAAAAACGGAAAAAAAUUCGAAAAUUUUGAAAACCCAAAAAAAUUAUAAUUUUUUUCCCAUCCUUAAAUUUUUAGGGUUUUUCGGAGCAAAAAAAUGGCUCAAGUUCAAUUGCAGCCCAAUGGUGGUGUUCCGGCGGUUCCCGGUGGCGCUUCCGGUGGUGGUGGGUCCCCCGGUGGAGGUGCGGCGGCGGGACAGUUUGUAACGACGUCGUUGUAUGUGGGUGAUUUGGAGAUGAAUGUGAGUGAUUCACAGCUUUAUGAUGUGUUUAAUCAAUUGGGUCAGGUGGUUUCGGUUAGGGUUUGCAGAGAUUUGACCACUCGUCGUUCACUUGGUUAUGGUUAUGUCAAUUUUGCUAACCCACAAGAUGCUGCAAGAGCUAUUGAUGUUUUGAAUUUUACUCCUCUAAACAACAAGCCUAUCAGGAUUAUGUACUCUCAUCGUGAUCCUAGUAUCCGUAAGAGUGGAGCUGGAAACAUCUUUAUCAAGAAUUUGGACAAGGCCAUUGACAACAAAGCACUGCAUGAAACAUUUUCGACUUUUGGGACCAUCCUCUCUUGCAAGGUUGCUACUGAUUCCUCUGGGCAGUCAAAAGGACAUGGUUUUGUGCAGUAUGAGACUGAGGAGUCUGCCCAAACGGCAAUAGAGAAGCUGAAUGGCAUGCUGUUGAAUGACAAGCAAGUAUAUGUGGGGCCUUUUCAGCGUAGGCAAGAAAGAGAAAAUGUCCUGGACAAAACAAAGUUUACAAAUGUGUAUGUUAAGAAUCUUGCGGAGGCAACUUCUGAUGAUGACAUGAGAAACCUGUUUAGUCAAUAUGGCAAAAUUACAAGCGCUGUUGUGAUGCGUGAUGUAGAUGGCAAAUCAAAAUGCUUUGGGUUUGUUAACUUCGAAAACGCGGAUGAUGCUGCCAUUGCUGUGGAAGCACUAAAUGGACAGAUGGUUGACGGUAAGGAGUGGUAUGUUGGAAAAGCCCAGAAAAAGGCAGAAAGGGAAGCUGAAUUGAAAAAUCAGUUCGACCAGAGUGUGAAAGAGGUCGUGGACCAAUACCAGGGAAAAAACCUCUACAUUAAAAAUUUGGAUGAUACCAUGGAUGAUGACAAACUCAAAGAAUUAUUUACUCAAUUUGGUACAAUUACUUCAUGCAAGAUUAUGCGAGACCCUAGUGGUGUAAGCAAGGGAUCGGGCUUUGUUGCAUUUUCGACUGCUGAAGAGGCUACUCGUGCUUUAAUGGAGAUGAAUGGCAAGAUGAUUGUCAACAAGCCUCUCUAUGUUGCCCUUGCACAACGUAAAGAGGACAGAAGGGCAAGGCUGCAGGCUCAAUUUUCUCAAAUGCGGCCUCUUGCAAUGCCACCAUCUGUUGGUCCUAGAAUGCCAAUUUAUCCUCCUGCUGGUCCUGGGCUUGGUCAGCAGAUCUAUUAUGGGCAAGGACCACCUGCUAUGAUUCCACCUCAGCCCACAUUUGGAUAUCAGCACCAACUAAUGCCUGGUAUAAGAGGUGGUGCUCCGGUGCCAAACUUCUUUAUGCCAAUGGUCCAGCAAGGGCAGCAGGGGCAACGCCCUGGUGGCAGGCGUGGAGGCGGUGCUCCAGUCCAGCAAUCCCAGCAGCCCAUUCCCAUGAUGCAGCCACAGAUGCUGCCUAGGGGACGUUAUCGCUACCCCCCUGCACGUGGGCUGCCAGAUGGUCCUAUCCCUGGUGUCACUGGAGGGAUGCUCCCUGGUGUUCAAUUUGAUAUGGGUGGCAUGCCAGUACGGGAUGCUGCGCUGUCUCCAACUGUUCCGGUUGGCACAUUGGCCACCCUGCUUGCUAAUGCUACUCCUGAGCAUCAGAGACUCCUGUUGGGAGAGAACCUGUAUCCAUUGGUGGAGCAGCUGGAGCCAGAAAUGGCAGCUAAAGUGACCGGGAUGCUGCUGGAGAUGGACCAGACUGAAGUCCUGCAUUUGUUGGAGUCGCCAGACGCCCUGAAGGCCAAGGUCUCUGAGGCAAUGGAAGUCUUGAGGAAUGUUGCUCAGCAGCAGCAGCAGCAGCAGCCGUCUAGCAGCCCUGCUGAUCAGCUUUCUGCUUUGUCAUUGAAUGACAACCUAUCUUAAGGCCAAUGGGCUUUCAUUGCUGAAACUUAAACUAGAAUUGAGUUUGAUUUCUUGUUUUGGGAUUUGAGAAAUUUCAGGUGUGGUGUUGUCGAAUUGAGACUUUUGGUUCUUGUUUGCAUGUCAAGGUCCUUGAGAAAUUUGUUUCAACUCUUGUGGUGUUUAUCUAUGCUCUGUUUUUGACA